AUGGAAGCAGCUGCGUGGUCUCAGACCCCUCGACUGCUUGCCCUCCUUAUUGGCGCUUUCCUCGCCUACAGAAUCGGCCUUGCGGUUUACCGCGUCUAUUUCCACCCGCUAUCUUGCUUUCCCGGCCCCAAGCUAUGGGCUGCCUCAGACCUUCCCGUUGUUUGGGAGGACAAGAUCGAGGGAACGUUUACGAAACGAAUGCUCAAGGUACACGAGGAGUACGGCCCCAUCGUGCGCAUCGGCCCGAACCGCAUCGCCGUUGACGGCACGAUCAUCUGGCCUCAAGUCUUCGCCCGGCGUGCAAACCAACUUGAAUUUACGAAAGUCCCCGAGAGUUAUCCCGCCCAGGAAAAGUACGUGGGCCUCCUUCCUACGCAGUCUCGCGAAAACCACCGACGCCAACGCAGGCUGCUUGCUCACGCAUUCUCCGACGCGGCUAUGUAUGAGCAAGAACGAUACAUUAAGUACUAUGUGGAUUUGCUCGUGAAGCGACUGAGGGAGCGUGCUGUGGCAGGAGAGACUUUAGACCUGACGCAGUGGUACAAUUUCACGACGUUCGACAUCAUCGGCGAGCUUGCCUUCGCGGACCCUUUCGACGCACUAGAGAGUGGAAAAUCCCACCCCUGGAUCUCCAUGAUUUCCUCUAGUGUGAGACAGGCAGCCGCUAUUCAGUUCUUGAUGCACUAUCCUCUUCUCUUGCCACUUAUGGGAUUCCGAGUCGGGCUCGGUGAUCUCAUGCGCCUCUUUCGGCAAUCGCAGCAAUUCAUUGAAUUGAGCAAGGAGAAGACACGGAAACGGCUGGCCAUGCAGGACCAGUCUCGCAGGGAUAUCAUGGCGUACAUCAUUGACCACAACACGGAUGGCAAGCGCAUGACCCAGGAUGAGAUGUUCGAGAACUCACGAGCUUUGAUCGGCGCAGGCAGCGAGACCACCGCCACAGCCUUGUCGGGGAUGUCAUUCCACCUUUGUCAGAGUCCAGAAGCAUACCAGCGGUUGACGGACGAGAUCCGCACCGCUUUUACCUGCGAAGAAGACAUUACCAUGCGGUCGACUGCCCAUCUUCCCUAUCUCCAUGCGUGCCUCGAGGAAGCCCUGCGCAUGUACCCACCCGCCUCGGAGACGCCGCCGCGUGUGUCGCCGGGAGACUACAUUCACCAUGACGGCAACGAGUACUGGAUUCCCAAGGGCACAAGACUCAGUAACUACCAGUGGGCCACCCACCACUCGCCAAACAAUUUUGCCGACCCGGAAAAAUAUGCCCCUGAGCGAUGGCUGCCCGCGUCACACCCUCUGUAUAACAGUCGCUACGCUCACGACAAGAAGGCCGUCUUCCGUCCUUUUGCAGCUGGACCUCGGGACUGUAUUGGCAAGAAUCUGGCGUACUCCGAAAUGCGCUUGGUGAUUGCGCGCUUGCUCUGGAACUUCGAUCUUGAGCUGGCCGAGGGGCAAAAAGACUGGGUCGAUUCGCAGCUGGUGUUUGGGCUGUACCAGAAAGGGCCACUGAUGGCAAGGGUGCACAUUCGAAGCAUCGAGACCUAA